CAGCAUAACUCCUAAACGUUUACGUGACGUCAGGAUGUGUACUGCCCAGCCAAGAUGGCUGACAGCAUCCCGUUAAAUCCGUUACGGAAGAACUCGAGGAGGAUCCCGUAUUACAACUCAGCCAGACUUUCAAGAUACUCCCUGGAAGAUGAGCCCUCUAACCUGGACGAGAUGCCUCUGAUGAUGUCGGAGGAAGGCUUUGAGAAUGACGAGAGCGACUACCAGACCCUGCCCCGGGCCCGAGUCAGCCACAGACAGAGGGGCCUUGGCUGGUUCCUGCUGGGGGGGUGGAAGGUCCUCUGUGGCAGCUGCUGCGACUGCCUGGCCCGUGUAUGUCGGAGGAGAAAGGAGCUGAAGGCCAGGACCGUUUGGCUCGGCUGCCCGGAGAAAUGUGAAGAGAAGUACCCCAAAAACGGAAUAAAAAACCAGAAAUACAACAUCUUCACCUUCGUGCCUGGGGUUCUCUACCAGCAGUUCAAGUUCUUCCUCAAUCUCUACUUCCUGGUGGUGGCCUGCUCCCAGUUUGUGCCAUCCCUGAAGAUUGGAUACCUCUACACGUACUGGGCACCGCUGGGUUUUGUGUUAACCGUGACGAUGGUGCGCGAGGCUGUGGACGAAAUGCGGCGCUACCGACGGGACAAAGAGAUGAACUCUCAACUGUAUAGCAAGCUCACAGUGCGAGGUCAAAUUCCUGUUAAGAGCUCCGACAUACAAGUUGGGGACAUGAUCAUCGUUGAAAAGAACCAAAGGAUUCCUGCAGACAUGAUAUUCCUGAGAACAUCGGAGAAAAACGGUUCCUGUUUCAUCAGAACAGAUCAGCUGGACGGAGAAACGGACUGGAAGCUGAAGGUCGCCGUGUGCUGCACGCAGCGGCUCCCAGCAGUGGGGGAUCUCUUCUCCAUCAGCGCCUAUGUCUACGCCCAGAAGCCUCAGCUGGACAUCCACAGCUUCGAGGGGAACUUCACAAGGGAAGACGCUGACCCUCAGAUCCACGAGAGUCUGAGCAUUGAAAACACUCUGUGGGCCAGCACAGUCGUCGCAUCUGGCACGGUGAUAGGGGUGGUGAUCUACACAGGCAAAGAGACCAGAAGCGUACUGAACACAUCCUCUGCCAAGAACAAGGUGGGCUUACUGGACCUUGAGCUGAACCGCCUCACCAAGGCUCUGUUCCUGGCCCAGGUGGUCUUGUCUGUUGUCAUGGUAGCAGUGCAGGGAUUUGUGGGUCCUUGGUUUCGCAACCUUUUCCGAUUUGUCGUGCUUUUCUCUUACAUCAUCCCCAUCAGUUUGCGUGUAAAUCUGGACAUGGGGAAGUCGGCUUACGGCUGGAUGAUCAUGAAAGACGAAAACAUCCCUGGCACUGUAGUGAGAACCAGCACCAUCCCAGAAGAACUGGGCCGGCUGGUCUAUCUGCUGACAGACAAGACAGGCACAUUGACUCAGAACGAAAUGGUCUUCAAGCGGCUGCACCUGGGCACAGUAUCCUACGGCACGGACACCAUGGACGAGAUACAGAGCCACAUAGCUCAGUCAUAUGCUGCACAGCCGCCCUCCCAGCCCUCCAAUGGAAGCACCAGCGGCACCACUCCAGCACGGAAAACCCAAAGCUCGGGCCCGAAGGUCCGCAAGAGCGUCAGAAGUCGCAUCCACGAGGCUGUGAAGGCCAUCGCCCUGUGCCACAACGUCACACCGGUCUAUGAGUCCCAUGCCGCCGUGAACGGAGAGACGGAGUCUGCUGAGGCCGACCAGGACUUCAGUGAUGACAACCGAACCUACCAGGCCUCCAGCCCUGAUGAGGUGGAGCUGGUGCGGUGGACGCAGAGCGUCGGCCUGACCCUGGUGAACAGAGACCUGGCCUCCCUGCAGCUGAGGACCCCCUCCGGACAGAUCAUUUCCUUCCACAUCCUGCAGAUCUUCCCCUUUACCUCCGAGAGCAAGAGGAUGGGCAUCAUCGUCAGGGAGGAGUCGACCGGAGACAUCACUUUCUACAUGAAGGGAGCUGAUGUUGCCAUGGCGAGCAUCGUCCAGUAUAACGACUGGUUGGAAGAAGAGUGUGGGAACAUGGCCAGGGAGGGCCUGAGGACUCUGGUGGUGGCCAAGAAGUCUCUGUCUGAGGAGCAGUACCAGGACUUUGAGAACCGCUACAGCCAGGCGAAGCUGAGCCUCCAUGACCGCGGCCUGAAGGUGGCAGCAGUGGUGGAGAGCUUGGAGCGGGAGAUGGAGCUGCUGUGUCUGACCGGAGUGGAGGACCAGCUGCAGGCCGACGUCAGGCCCACGCUGGAGCUGCUCAGGAACGCUGGCAUCAAGAUCUGGAUGCUAACGGGGGAUAAACUUGAGACGGCUACGUGCAUCGCCAAAAGCUCCCACCUGGUGUCCAGAACCCAAGACAUCCAUGUGUUCAAGCCGAUCUCCAGCAGAGGAGAGGCCCAUCUGGAGCUCAACGCCUUCAGGAGGAAGCAUGACUGUGCUCUGGUCAUCUCUGGAGACUCCUUAGAGGUGUGUUUGCGCUAUUACGAGCAUGAGUUUGUGGAGCUGGCGUGUCAGUGUCCUGCGGUGGUCUGCUGUCGCUGCUCCCCCACCCAGAAGGCCCAGAUCGUCACGCUCCUCAAGCAGCACACAGCCAACAGGACCUGUGCCAUAGGUGAUGGAGGAAAUGAUGUCAGUAUGAUCCAGGCUGCAGAUUGUGGUAUUGGAAUUGAAGGAAAGGUAGGCACGCAGGCAUCUCUGGCUGCAGACUUCUCCAUCACGCAGUUUAAACACAUUGGGCGCCUGCUCAUGGUUCACGGCAGGAACAGCUACAAGCGCUCUGCAGCGCUGGGUCAGUUCGUCAUGCACAGAGGCAUGAUCAUCUCCACCAUGCAGGCGGUCUUCUCUUCUGUGUUUUACUUUGCCUCUGUGCCACUGUACCAGGGUUUCCUCAUGGUUGGGUAUGCCACCAUGUACACCAUGUUCCCUGUGUUCUCCUUGGUUCUGGACGAAGAUGUGAAGCCAGAGAUGGCUCUUCUCUACCCAGAGCUUUAUAAAGACCUCACCAAGGGGCGUUCAUUAUCUUUCAAGACAUUCCUGAUCUGGGUUUUGAUCAGCAUCUAUCAAGGGGGCAGCCUCAUGUACGGCGCGCUGGUGCUGUUUGAGUCUGAGUUUGUGCACGUGGUGGCCAUCUCCUUCACUGCGCUCAUCAUCACGGAGCUGCUGAUGGUGGCGCUCACCAUCCGCACCUGGCACUGGCUCAUGGUGGUGGCCGAGUUCUUCAGCCUGGGCUGCUACCUGGCCUCCCUCGCCUUCCUCAACGAGUACUUCGGCAUAGGCAGGGUGUCCCUGGGAGCUUUCCUUGACCUGUCCUUCAUCACGACGUGGCCUUUCCUGUGGAAGGUGUCGGCCAUCACGUUGGUCAGCUGUCUUCCUCUCUACAUCAUCAAGUACCUGAAACGCAAGUUCUCCCCCCCGAGCUACUCCAAACUCUCCUCAUAAGCCAUGAGCUUUCUAUUGUCAGCACUUUUUCCACUCGCCGAUCCUCAGUGAUGGACAGGUAAGGAACCACUGGAACAAUCCAAAAUGGAGGGGAAUCAGUUCUUCGGAUUAUCUCACUGAGAUUUGGGAUUACUUGAAAAAACAGAGCACAUGGGAAAAAAAACUCUAAACGAUGGAUUUAGUCACGCAAAAGAAGGGCAACACGGUGUGAGUGACUGCACUAAGACCCCAUUUUUCAUAAAGGGUCAAUCUGCCUUUAUUUGUUUUAACGCAUUUCAAACAAUCCAAAUGUCAUUUUAUACAAUUCUGCAUUUUUUUGGAUGUCUACAUUUUAAUAUGUGAAGUUUAGAAUUUUUUUAGUGUCGUUUUUUUAUUCUUGGUAUUAAUUACAGUUGCCGGCCUGCAUUUUUUAACUGAGUUGAGUAGGGACAAAAGUGUUUUCUUUGUUACUGUUAAUAAAGCCUUUACAUGCAGCAUUUAUCCUUAAUGCUGUCACGGUAAAACCAACUGCACUAACUCCUUAAAGAUAAACACAACAUUCACAAAUGCUGGUAAAACUUUAUUUCUGUGCGUUUGCUGCUUUGCGUCCUUUACAUUUUGUAAGACGGCGCAUGACAUUAUCAUCUCUGUAUUAUGAACCAGCACUCCAUAGCAGCAUUAAACAUCGUUUUGUUAGUGUAUUUGCGAUGUUUGUCGAUGUCUGCCAAACUUCCUGUUUGGACGUGGCGGCUGGCUUUGUGCCUCAUCAUGACGUGUGUUAGUGUGCUGAAGCUGCAUCUCACAUAAACAAUCAUCAGAGGUGUUUGUUUUAGUUACCUCUGCAGCCAGAUGUGAACUUCGAGGAACUUAAAUUCUCUUAAAGAAAAAAAAUGUCCGAAGGGGAAACCACUUAAAAAGUCACAACAAAGGACCCCGAACACUGACGGCUGUUUAUUUUUAAACCUUUACUGACAAUAUGACUCCCCUGGGCUUCCAUGUGACUUUGUCCUGUAGCAGACGGUGACAUUGAGCUCUCUUUGAGGAGGAAUGAGUUUUAUCAUUCCCUCUGUGUAAUGCUAUUGUUGAGCAUGAUCUAAGCUUUGCGUUAAAUCAGUUUUUUUAAAUAUACAUUUCAGUAUACAGGAUUUAUUAUAGCUAUGAUUAUUAGUCUGGUUGUCAUAUAUGUUUGAAUCAUAGUUGAGUUAAACUCAGGUCGAUCAUUCCUAAACACGGCUGUUAGUUUAAAUCGUGGCAACCAUACUUUAAAAUGUAGCUACACUAUAAUAAAAAAGACUAAUAAAUGAUGCAGUUAUGUGACUGCGACACAGCGUUUUAAAUUCCUGAUUGACAUUCUGAUGAAGAGCAAUUCCAAAAGUGUAUUCCUGCUGAGACCGGUGUUCAGUGUGUGAUAAUGUAUACACUUUUCUUUCUUGUCAACUUGCUUUCCCUGUCCUACACUGCGAUUUCUAACAGUAUGUCUUUAUUUAUACAAUUGUUAUUGAAAAUGAAUAAUAAAAAGAGACAACAGUUGCUAUACA